AUGUCCAACAACGACCAGCAAGUUCUCGGCGUGCUGGCUGAGUACUCUAGAGACGUUCGCAACUUCACGGGAUCGAUAUGGGACGCAACAGAUGCGCAUUUUGCAUAUGUAGCUGGAUAUAUUAAAAAGAGCCUCCCCGAGACAUGGCUUCCGGAGCGCGCGCGACCGCGGCCACCACCUCCACCCCCGCAUCCUAUUGCUGGCGCCUACCUACAUCGCCUCCAGGACUGGGCCCUCAGGCACCGCGCUUUGACAGCCGCCAUUAUUGCAUUCUGUGCGACUGGGGGAUUCUUAGUAUGGCAAGAGCAGAAGCGGUACAACCUCAAGCCUAGUUGGAGGAUGGAGCUGACAGGUACAGUCCUCGCGGGGCCGCCAAAUUCGCCCAUUGUACGAUCGCUAUCGCUCGAUCUUGAGCGACGCGGCUUCAUUGUAUACAUUGUAUGCUCCAAUAUGGACGAGGAGCAACAAGUUCUAGGCGAGUCAAGGGCCGACGUGCGGCCACUGCACUUGGACGUAGUCGACACAAUGGGCACGCAAGAGGCCAUGAGGCGUUUCAAUGAGCUUCUCACCAAACCACAUGUUGCCUUUUCCGGGGCAACCCCGCAUAACCUUAAUCUGCGCGGUGUUGUUCUGGUUCCUGACUUGAUCUACCCUACUGGCCCUGUAGAGACGGUCAGUCCUGAGCUCUGGUCGGACGCGCUCAACGCCAAAGUGCUCAACACGAUUGCAGUGACGCAAGCGUUGCUGCCGACAGUGUGCGAGUUCAAGUCGCGCGUCCUAAUGCUUACCCCAAGUAUCAUUGCGUCAUUGCGGCCGCCGUUCCAUAGCGUGGAGACGACGAUUGUCAGCGCACUCGAAGGGUUCCUGGCGUCGCUCCGAGGCGAGCUGGGUACCCUAGGCAUUGAGGUGUUGCAAUUUCAUCUCGGAACAUUUGAUCUGACAAACGUGGGCCCCAAACAUCAUGUGCAGUCGCGGUCGAUCGGCAGCCCACAUGCUUGGCCAGCAACGACGAGAGCGUUAUACGCAAGCAAUUUCGAGGCCCAAGCACGCGUUGCGCAGAGCCGGGGCCUGCUCAACCAAAGCGGCAGCUCAGUUCGGGAGCUACACAAUGGCGUGUUCGAUGCGCUCACACAGCGACGACCGCAAAAAGUAUGGCGUGUUGGGCGUGGAAGUGUCACGUAUGAUCUGGUGGGCAACUGGGUGCCGCGUGGGCUCAUAGGAUGGAUGAUGGGCUUGAAGCGCGUGGCUCUCGACACUGCAUCCAAGCCGAGGCUGGAGGACAGCGUACAACUACAGUGCUGGGAGAAGGUCGAUGCGGUCGCCUAG